AUGGAGCCCUGGUGCGGGGCAGAGGUCCGUGGGCAGGGCUCUCAGGGUCCCCGUGUGCCUGGGGCCUCCCGCACCCGCACCCGCGCCCGCGCCCUUCUCCUGCUGUUGCUGAUGCUGCUGCUGCUCCUGCCUCGGCGGCCGGCAGGCUGCUUGGCCGCAGGAGAAUCCCUGGGGACGCUGUCCACCACAGUCCCAACCGGCCCUGGAGUCUCCUGUGCCUCCAGAGGCAUCUGUCCCUCAGGCAGGCUUCGCCUUCCUCGGCAGGACCAGACUUCAGAGACCACGACUCCACCGGAAACAGAGAGGGCUCUGACCCCUGCGGGCACUACUAUGUCUGCUCCUAAAACGAAACCCAGUAACCUCCCGUUCUGUGGCUCCUCCCACGAGCCAGACCCUACUCUCAGGGACCCAGAAGCCAUGACUCGACGGUGGCCGUGGAUGGUCAGUGUGCAGGUUAACGGCUCACACGUCUGUGCUGGCAUCCUUAUCGCUUCCCAGUGGGUGCUGACCGUGGCCCAUUGCUUGAGCCAAGACCAUGUUAACUAUUCAGUGAGGGUGGGGAGCCCAUGGAUUAAUCAGACAACAGGAACCAGCUCAGAUGUGCCAGUACGUCAGAUCGUCAUAAACAGUGGUUACCAGCCCAGGCGGUACUGGUCUUGGAUUGGCCGGGCCCAUGACAUUGGUCUCCUCAAGCUCAAGUGGGGGCUCAAGUACAGCGAGUAUGUGUGGCCUAUCUGCCUGCCUGGCCUGGAGUAUGUGGUGGAAGACAGUUCUCUCUGCACUGUGACAGGCUGGGGAUAUCCCAAGGCUAAUGGCAUGUGGCCCCAGUUCCAGUCCCUCCAGGAGAAGGAAGUCUCUAUCCUGAACAGCAAGAAGUGUGAGCACUUCUAUCACAAGUUCUCCAGAAUCCCCUCUCUGGUUCGGAUCAUCAACCCUCAGAUGAUCUGCGCCUCAGACAACAACAGGGAAAAUUUCUGCUAUGAGAUAACUGGUGAGCCCCUGGUCUGCUCUUCAGGCGGUACAUGGUACCUGGUGGGAAUGAUGAGCUGGGGCCCAGGCUGCAAGAAGAGCGAUGCCCCGCUCAUAUUUCUGCAGGUCUCCUACUACCAGCCGUGGAUCUGGGACCACCUCAGUGGGGAGUCCCGGGCCCUUCUGGCCUCAUCCAGGACCUUGCUCCUGGCUUUCCUUCUGUUCCUCAUCCUUCUGGGCACUCUGUGA